AUGCGACAUAUUUCAAUACUACAGAUUCCAAGUAAUUCAGAAGCUCACUCCACUAAGCUAAGGUGGUUGGCUUAUGGACCCAGACAUACUACUCAGAGUCACACGGGGUUUGUGAUCAACGGCCAUAGGUUUCAGAUAGACGCAGUCAAGCGUAAGACUCAGAACAGCGGAGUGACCUAUGAAGCUUUCUCUAUAUGUAGAUCUACUGCACGAGAUACUAGACUCGAGGCUGAUAUAGUUGGCUAUUACGGAGUGAUAAAGGAGAUUCUACUGCUUGACUAUCACAUGUUUUCCGUUCCAGUCUUCAAAUUCACUUGGGCAAACGCAGGGAAUGGUGUAAAAGAAGAAGAUGGAUUCCCGCUAAAAACCUCCAUAUGA